CUCACCUCCGCCGACUCUGAAAUUGCCUUCGCCCUUUGUAGAGUUGGUCGCAAUAUACACAUGUGAAUUGCAAAUCAUUCAAGCUGUCUUUCUCCUCUGUUUCACAAUUCCUCCCCAGGCUUCGGCCUCGGAUACCACACAUAAGAAGAAGAUGCGACUCCGGUAGCAAUUGCGCGAGCCGGGUGGCUUACUAUCAGACGAGGGACUUCAUGACGAGCCGGAAGAAGUCAGAAAGCGUGGGCGCACAAAACGAACUGGCAGAUGGCAAAGAUAGACCAGAUCAAUCCGUCCCCUCACCAGCUUCUCACAACACAGCCGACUUCUACCGCAGACAAUCUGUACUCGACCGCCGGGUUCAUAUAAUGGGCAUUGGAAAUGUGGGCAAAUUCAUUGCGCAUGCCCUACGUGGAAUACCAAAUGCGCCUCCAGUAACGCUGAUCUUUGGGGGUUGGGAAAAGUACAACGAAUGGAACAAUUCGCAACAAAGGCUGACGCUGGUCACCGAAGGUGAUGCAGAGAUAAGGGACGGUUACGAUGCCGAACUAGCAAUACCGCGUGUCCGAUACCAUGGUCAAGAGGUGGGCUUGAAUGCUUCCUCUGUAGAUGCUCCAGGAGGGCCUCGAAUCUUGCCUGGAGAAUCAACCGAACCUAUCAGCUCGCUGAUCAUCUGCUUAAAAGCCCCUUUUGUUCUGCAGGCCAUCUCUUCUGUCAAGCACAGGCUGCACAAAGACUCUGUGGUGUGUUUCUUGCAAAAUGGCAUGGGGGUAAUCGAGGAAGUCAAUAGGGAAAUCUUCCCAGAUCCAGAGACCAGACCACACUAUAUCCUCGGAAUCAACUCGCAUGGCAUGCACACUUCGCGAGACGGUCGAUUUACUACCGUCCAUGCCGGUUUUGGGACGAUUUCCUUGGGUAUUCUACCCCACGAACGAGACCGCAACCCCAACGAGCCCUAUGUGCCCGAGUUGAGAUUCACCGCACCAAAAGACAGCAAACCAUUCUAUCCCGACGAGCCCGACAAACUCAACCCAGAGUACCCACCCCCGAGCAGCGGCAAGUUUCCCUUUACGCCCAACCAACGCUACCUGCUCCGAACCCUCCUCCGCACCCCAGUGCUGAGCGCAGCCUCCUUCUCACCCCCAGACCUUCUCCAGAUGCAACUCGAUAAGCUAGCCGUAAACUGCAUCAUCAACCCCCUCACCGCCCUUCUGGACGCGCGAAACGGCGCCGUCUUGAACAACUACGCCCUGACCCGCACAAUGCGCCUCCUGUUAUCCGAAAUCAGUCUCGUCAUCCGCUCCCUUCCAGAACUCCAGUACAUCCCCAAUGUAUCUCAGCGCUUCGAUCCGGGGCGUCUGGAAACCGUUGUCGUGGCUGUGGCACACCGCACCAGGGAUAACGUGAGCAGUAUGCUAGCGGAUACGCGUCAAGGUGCACAAACAGAGAUUGAUUACAUCAACGGAUGGGUUGUCAAGAGAGGGGAAGAGCUGGGAAUUCGAUGUGCGAUGAAUUAUAUGAUUAUGCAGUUGGUCAAGGGGAAGAGGAUGGUGGUGCAGCAUGAAAUGGAGGAAGGGGUUCCACUUGUGGAGGAGAAGAAAGGGGGUAGGGCGGAAGCAGACUUGGUGGUGAAGAGGGGUCAGGCGGAAGCUAGUAAGGAAGAUGCCCGUGAGAAGGAGAAGUUAUAAGGGGAUACACGUUUUGAGUCUUGUGGCUACGGUCUUUGUGUAGUUCGAUCACCUAGCUUCUCAAAUACUACCAAAUACAACAAAUGUAGAUGAACAGAUGGGCAAUGCCCAUGACUAAAGUAGGUAAUCGAUGGACAGCGAUCUGCGGCCCGCAGAGCAAGAUACGCCGUUGAUCGCAGUCCUCACUUCAGACGCCAUACGCCCAUACGAAACGACCAUGCCCGUCGCUCAAACUCAAUUAUGGCCCGCCCGUCCUCCCAUCGUUCGGGUGUCCACCCAAGAGCGGGUAGGCAUAUAUCGCAGAGCAUACCCCCCAAGCAAAUACACCGACUACGAGCACGAAUCCGAUUAGAUGCGGCACUGUGCGGUGCGCGAGCAUCAUG